AUGAGUAAAGCUUACGAUAGAGUUGAAUGGGGCUUCCUUCAGGCUGUAAUGUUACAAAUGGGAUUCACAAGAGAGUGGGUAGACCUUAUUAUGAAGUGCAUUACUACUACCUCUCAUGCAGUUUUUAUUAACGGAAGCAGGGCAAGAAUUUUUCAACCAUUUAGGGGGCUUCGACAAGGUGAUCCUCUUAGCCCUUUUCUUUUUCUUAUGUGCAGUGAAGGUCUCUCAUCUUUGAUGAGAUUGGCGAUGGGGGAAGGGUUGUUAAGAGGCGUAAAGGCUAGUAGAAGAGGCCCGGAGAUUUCCCACAUUCUUUUCGCCGACGAUUGCAUUCUGUUCAGAGAAGAAACAACUAGGAGAGCUAAGGUGAUGAAAGAAAUUUUAAAGCAAUAUGAAAGCUGUUCAGGCCAAUGUGUCAACUUUGAAAAAUCAACAAUUUUUUAUAGCUGGAAUUCAACAGGAGACAUAAAGAAAGAAAUUUCAGAGUUGCUAGGAGUGAGAGUUUCAACAAACUUGGAGAAAUAUCUAGGGCUCCCUAACAUGGUUGGCAGAAGAAAGAAGGAGUCUUUUCAAAACCUUAAGGACAGGAUUUCUUGGAAAAUUGAAGGAUGGAGCAGUAGACUAUUAUCACAAGGGGGAAAGGAAAUCUUCAUCAAAUCAGUGCUCCAAGCUAUACCUACCUAUGCUAUGUCUUGUUUCCUUCUACCAAAUUUAUUAUGUGAAGAGUUUGAAAAGAUUUUCGCUAAAUUUUGGUGGCAAAAAGGAUACGGGAAGAGAGAUUUUAAAGUUGCUGAUUUGAUUAAUAACGCUGAACGAAAAUGGAAAAGAGAGCUUAUUGUUAAUACCUUUGGGGAAGAAGAUGCUAGCAGAAUCCUUCGUAUACCUCUGGCGAGAGAGCUUCACAGUGAUUUUAUGGUGUGGAGCGGUGAGCAGUCGGGGGAAUUUUCAGUGCGGAGCGCCUACAAACUAUUACAGACCUCAGAUCCUAGAGCUUAUGAUUUACAAAACAUCUACAGGGAUUUUUACAAAAGAAUAUGGCUUCUAAAUCUGCCUACAAAAAUGAAAGUUACAAUCUGGAAACUCUCAUGGAAUUACAUGCUAACUCGAGUGAACAUGCAGCACAGGAAGUUAGUGUCCAACUCAGUUUGUCCCCGUUGUGAUAUAGGAGCCGAGACUAUGGAUCAUAUCUUUAGAAAAUGCCCUAUUUCAGUUUCAGUAUGGAGUGCAUUAGAAAUCCCAAAUAUUCUACAGGAUACAGAUUUAGAGUUCAUACAGUGGCUCAUCGGGAUUCUUACCCGUCACUCUUCUUCUCAGAGUAGACUAAUUGGUUGUGCGUUAUGGGCCAUCUGGGGAGACAGGAAUACUCGGAUCCAUGAUAAAGUAAGUAGAAGUGGUCAGGAAAUAGCAGCCUUUGUAAAAAACUAUAUUAAAGAACUUGAUGGGGUUGAAUCAAGGAAAUCAAAAAAUUGGAAGGAGGUUGAGCAAUGGAAACACCCACCAGGACAAGCAGCAAAAAUCAACUUUGAUGGAGCAUAUGAUGCGCGACUAUUCCAAUCGGCUUCAGGGAUUGUGGUUAGAAACAGAGAAGGGGAUGUUCUCCUCUCUUGCUCAGAAAUUCAUGAAGAAGUCCCCUCCGCUUUUGCUGCGGAAGCGAUCGCUUGCAAGAAAGCAACUCAGAUAGGAAUUAAAAUGAAAGGGUCAGACAUUAUCAUUGAAGGAGAUUCGCUAUCGGUUAUUAAAAAAUGCAAGACAGAAAAGCAGGACAAAUCACAGAUCGGGGCAUUUAUUCAUGAUAUUCAGCAGGCAACAUCUAGAUCAAAGCAUCUAAGAUUCGAACAUAUUCCAAGAUCAGCAAAUGGCCUAGCACAUAUGUUAGCAACAGAAACUUUGAGAACGAAAGAAGAGAUAUACCUGGUUGAAGGAGUUCCUCGCUUUGCAGAACUGCAGAAGGUGAUUGAUGGUGAACGAGAACCAGAUUGA